AUGGGUUAAAAUCAAUCUUAACCAGUUUAAUAGAAAUAAGAUUAUGAAAAAUAUUGGACUUUGAUCUAAAAUGGUGUGUAAAAAAAGCUUGAGUAUGAAGAAUUUUAAAGAUAAAGAAAUUUAUAAAUAUAAGCGGAACUUAAAGAAAAAAAGCAAAAAUAAGAAUUACAAAAGUAAUAAAACUAAGAAAUAAGUCAAAGAUAAUAGAUUUAAGAAGUAUAAAAGAUAGAAUAAAGAAUAGUAUAAUAAUAACCAAUAAUUAACAUUCCAUCUUAAGUAAUGAAUAAAAAAAUGAAUGAAGCUAAGCAAGAAGUACACAAAGAAAAAAAAUUAGAAGUUUUAAUACCUAAUGAAGUAAUUAAUCAGAAAUGUUAGACAGUUUAAUAAAAAGAAAUAUAUAAAAUCAAUAAUAAUAUUGUAAUAUGGAAUCCUUAAUAAGAAAUUUAAUUAAUUAAAAAUCGAAAAAAAUUUCAAAAUGAAGUUCAAUAAAACAUUUAAGAUUUAAUUCCAUAAAAUGUAUAAAAUCAUUUUAUACAAAAUACAUAAAAAGGAUUCAUAUAAAAUGAAGUCCCGUUAAAUAUUUAAGAUGGAUUCAAUUAAAAUAUUUAAGAAAGAGCCACAAACAAUACAUAAAAUUAAAUGAUAUAAUAUAUAUAAAAGGAAGGAGAAGAAUAUAACUAAGAUUAAGUCAUAUAAAAUCAAAAAGAUAACGAUUAAUCAAAUGUAUAAGCAAAAAAUAAUUAACAAAAAAAAGUUUAAGAUACAUAAGUUUAAGUUGAAUAACAAAUGGAAAAUGAUAAAUGUUAAAACAUUAAUGAGGAAUGUAUUUUGAAAAGGUGUUUUAUGAUUGAUUCUAAAUAAUUAAAAAUUGGUUAAUUAUCAGCUUAAUUUUUGAAUAAAAUAAAAGUGAUUACUAGUGAUAUCAUAUUAGAUGAAAUCAUAUAUAAAGUCAUAAAUACGACUCAAAUAAUGUAUUCUCAAAGGGUAACUUGGUUAAUCAAAGUAUUAAUUAAAUUAUCAGAAUGUAAAAUAUAAUAACAAAAUGCUAUAUUUUAUGAAGGAUAAAUUUCAAAAGAACUUUUGAUGAAAUUGAUAAAUGCAAUUCUUGAUAAAAUUGUAAGUGCAGUAGCAAGACCAUAAAAAUUAGAAUGGACAAAUGAUAGAGAAGAUAUUAAUAAAUUUAAUAGUAAUGAAAAUUAAAUAGCUACAUAAGUAUAUGAUAUGAUGUUUGGAUAAUAAAUUUAAAAAAAAUUAGAUGUUAGUUUUGAUAAUUUAGACUAUCCAGCUCUAAAUUAUUUAUUAACAUAUCUUGAUACUAAAUGUUAAACUUAAGAUGCUUUAAGAUUUUUAGAAUUAAUUACAAAAAGAGAACUACUCAAAUGUUACAAAGUAAAUUUAAAUGAUUGUGUUGAUUAAUAAAGAGCUUUAGAAUUGUUAAAUAAAUUAUCUUUAUAUCCAAAAUUAACAGAACUUUUAUUGGAAAAUAGUUGGGCUUUUGGAAAAUUUUAAUAGUUCACUACAGGUAGAGAUAUAUAGAAAUAUUCCAUUUUUGGCUCAAUUUUAUGUUUAAGUACAUUUCCGAGAGAUUUUCCUGAAGUAAAAUCUAUUUUUGGUAAUCAAGCCUAAAGCUUAUAAAUGUAUUAAGAAUGCUAUAGAGGUCCAAUUUAUGAUUUAAUUAAUAAAAUGGCUGAUAUAUUCUUAAGAAUUAUAAGAAGAGGGAAAGAAGCUUAAUUAUAAUUAUUUACUUUUGUUAGUAAACUAAUUGAAAUUAAUCUUGAUAUUGAAAAAGUAACUUAAAAAGAAAAAUAUGAAAAAUGUUGCUUUUAGGGUUUGAUGUUCAAUUUAUAAUAAGUGUUAUUGGAGAUUUUUAAUCCUUUUAUUUAUAAUAAUGAAUAAGCUAAUGCUAAAGUAAACAAAAUAAAUAAAGAUCUUCUUGCUUAUAUUAAAGAUCAUCCUCUUUUAGCUAAAAUUUAUUAAAAUGCUAAAUAAAUGGCACCAUAAAAAACAGCAUUUAAACCAUUAGAUAAAUAUCCUGAUGUCGAUCCUAUGACAUUUUUAUAUUUAUUAAUUUAAAAGAUUAAUUCACUUCAAUAACAUAUGAUUAUUGAUUAUGUUUUAGCAUAUGUAUUUUUGUAAUAUGACCAAAAAAUUUUUGGAAAUAAUUCUAAAUUUACUUAGGAAAGUAAAGUAGAUAAAGCAACUUAUGAUACAUUAUUGCUUCAUCCAAAAAGUGUAUAAAAUACAAUUUAAUUUUUAUCAUUUUAAAGUAAAGUUGCUUUAAGUUUACUUGAUGAGAAUUGUUAACCAAAAUAUCCAUAUGGAUUAUUAUCUAAUUAAUUUAUGCAUGAUAGCUUUAAUUAUUGUUUUAUUUACAAUUCUAAUGAUUUAGCUUUAGAUUAUUUAGAUGAAAUCAUUUCUAUUUGUGAAUUAACUAUUAUUACUAUGAAAUAUAAUGAUUUACUUGAAGAUAUACAUCUAAGAGUACAAGGAAUGGAGUUAUUUUAUAUUUUUAAUGAUUAUGUAUCAUAAAAGAAUAAUAAAACAAUAGAAAAGUCUUAUAAAAUAUUUUCAGAAAAUAAAAUUAUAAAAGAUUAUCUUAUUGAUGGUCUUAUGAAUGCAUAUAUUGAUCAUGAUAGAGUUAAAGUCAGUAACAUUAUACCUCCAAAUAGAUUUAAAUAAGCAAUUUCUGAAUUGUUUACAUACAUUUUGACAACUCAUAAAGAUAUAUAUGAAAAGAAAUUUUUAAUGUACAUUAAGGUAAACUCAAAUACAUAUUAAAAAUUUGCAUUUGUCUACAUUAAUGAUAUAAAGGAAAUUUAUGAAUAAUGUAUUUCAAAGACGAAAUAGUUAAAAGAAGACGAAAUUAAAUUAAACAUUUAAAUAAAAAAGUUAUACAUAAUAAGAAAAGUAGUUAUUGAUUAUUUUAACUAUCGAUUAUCAUAUUUAGGAGAAGAGAUGCCUUUAGGAUUGGAAGAGUUUGGAAGAGAUAUUUAUAAAUAUAAUAUCAUUUACAAAAAUAGAGUCUUGCGCAUUUUUGAUAGAAGAGACUCGAUAAUAAUUUGGUCAAAAUUUAAAUUACAUUUUAGAAAAUUUGAAUAGUAAAGAAAGUGA